AUGCCGGCGUUCGGCAACCCAUCGACGCAGAAGCAAGAGCCCCGCGCUCCUCCUCAAGUCGACACCUUAGCAGCCAAUCGUGCGUUUUCGGGGCAGGACCAGCUCACGCCCGGCAGCCGUUCGAGCGCAUCGCAGAGCAGCAUAUCGCCUCAGACACCAAGUUCUUUACGGCCAGGUCUUGGCAAACAAGACGAGUACUUCGCUCCGAAGAUCGCCAAUCACUCGCCCCCACCACCAGCGUCAAGGAGGCCGGGAGGAUAUGGUGGGCUUGAGGAUAGCAAUGGUCCCGAGGAUCCCUCCGCGGAUAGUUCAAAGGGGCCAGCGCCAAACCCGAUGGACAGACUCCACGCCAUCGCUUCUGGUCCAUUCGGCUCCGGCCGUCGACCCUCCGCUCCCGCCCCGAACGGUUCCAGUCUCUCGAUCGAUGUGGCUGAGCGGCCCAGCACUUCGGCCUCCAAUCUCGGCAGCAGCCUGGGGAGCGCAAAGGGGUUUCCCGCCCCGAAACCGAACGGAUAUGGGGGGCUUGGUCCGCCUUCGACGCCGAGCAGGGCAGACACCUUCCCCCGGGGCAGCGACCGUUUCGGUCCUCCACCUCGCACACCCACGGCCCCUACUCCUUCCGCCGCACUGCGCCCCGAUAGAUUGCGAUCCCCCUUAGAAUCGCCGGCAAACGCAGAUGGCCGAGUCCCGAUGACAGCCGACAGAACCAGGAGACCUAGUCGAGGACCAGACACAUCCCGGCCACCGCCGCCACGGACAGGCCUAGUUCGACCCAAAACCCCCGGCGUGCCAACAAUCAAUCUUGCCGAGGAGUUUGGGAUCGGGAACCCUUACCAUACACCUUCUGAAUCGACAUCGUCCAACAACUCGGACACCAGCAGCCAGCCGGAACGCCGGCCUAGCCAGGCAAGCUCGCGGACAAGUCCACCGCGGUCUCUCUCCUCGAGAUCGGGGAGGAAACCGUCAGACACAUCUGGGUUUGACAACCUGAUGUCAGAUAUUCAAGCAUCGAUGAAUGACACCAAACCGACGCCCCCAGCGUUAGCCCCCCUGAAGCUUCCAACUAGGGAUCCUUAUGCGAAGGAUCGACCGUCGCCGCUGAGCGCCCGACCUCCUCGUACGGGAGAUCGCGGCUAUGAUCCGCGCAUUGAUCCACUCAUCCAAAAUCCACGCUACGCUGCCCGAGGAAGGUCUCCCGUACCCUCGCCCGCGGUGAACUCUUCCGCUCCGGAGAGUCUGUCCGUCCAAACACCCAGUGACAUUCUCUCGCCAAGCACGGCAGGGCUUCCUUCCCUAGCCCUACGGUUUGCCAGCUCACCGGAGCGAAUGGCGGACACGCAACAAGAACAACAUCACUCGCAACAGCAACAAGAACACCAGCAUCCUGCGCCACGGGGCCCAGACCCAGAACUAGGCCCCAAACCCACACGCUCGCAGUCCCAGCCCCGGCCCCAGCAACGCGAACCCCCCUCGAUACCACCACCAGCAGCAGCAACAGCACCAACGACGACCACGCGCGGCAACUGCAAAGCAUGCGGCCUGCCCAUCAAGGGCAAGUCCAUAUCGAGCGCCGACGGGCGUCUGACGGGGCGCUACCACAAGCCGUGCUUCGUGUGCUCGACCUGCCAGGAGCCGUUCUCGUCGGCGACCUUCUACGUGCUGGACGACAAGCCCUACUGCGAGCUGCACUACCACCAGCUGAACGGCUCGCUCUGCGGCAGCUGCGGCCGGGGAAUCGAGGGCCAGUACCUGGAGGACACCGAGUCGCGCGUCAAGCACCAUGUGGGCUGCUUCAAGUGCGCCGGGUGCGGCAUGGCGCUGCGGGACGGCUACUUCGAGGUCGGCGGCAAGGCAUACUGCGAGAAGGAUGCGUGGAGGCUCGUGGGCGGGCAGCAGCAGCACCCGCCGCCGUGGCAGGGAGGACCCAAUGGUGGAGGUCCGCUUCGCCCGCCGUAUAUGGGUGGUGGUAUGGGCGGCGGCCCGAGAGGCCCGCCCGGUAGCGGUGGAUAUAAUCGCAGUCCGCUUGGCCCGCCGGGACCAAGGCUACGCAUGGAGAAGCGGAUGACGAGGUUGGGGAUGAUGUGA